AUGAAAAUAACGAAAGUACUUUUUUGUUUGAUAUGUACUUUAUAUUUGGCAUAUGUAAAAUGCAAUACCAUUAAGGAUAAACUAUUUAGAAAUAUAAGAAAUAAAACAAAGUUUAUAAUAUUAAACGAACCCAUAGUCCAUCUAACCUUCGGUGAACGUUUACUACAUAGUCUAAUAUUCGAUUUGGAGCUUGACACCAAUUUGUAUACUCUUGAUGAGGAACUUCUCAACCUGCAAAAUUUAAAGCACACUAGUAUCUUUCACCUGUUAGCUGAUACAUACGAGCAAAUAAAAGGGAAAGAUGUAAACGGAGCAUCAAAUGGAGCAUCAAAUGGAGCAUCAAAUGGAGCAGCAAAUGGAGCAGCAAAUGGAGCAGCAAAUGAAGCAGCAAACGGAGCAGCAAAUGGAGCAGCAAAUGGAGCAGCAAAUGGAGCAUCAAAUGGAGCAGCAAAUGGAGCAGCAAACGGUGUAAACAAAGGAAAGACCAUUCGGUAUAUAUACAUCGGGACAGCUUACUCCCGCAUACAUCCACAGAACCUUGAGUUGUUCCUUCGAAUGCUGGAUAAGUACAUAUACAAUGAAUCCAUUUACAAAAAGGGAAACAUACAUGUUAAGGCGAUACUGGAAGAAUACAACAGACAAGUGAAAGAAAAAGUCGAAGAAAAGCAAAGAAUGAAUAAUGUAUUAAGUAAAAACAGCAAUGGUAAAAAUAAUCAUUUAAAUAAUAUAGAAGAGAUGCUCCAAAGAGAAAAGAAAUUUUUUUUAAAUAACGAUGAUAAUGGUAGUGAUAAGUAUAUCAUUGAGAAUGAUACUUACAAGGGGUUACUUAUCGGGUAUGGGUUUAAUGAUAAAAACCCGUCUGUACUUCACAACAAUCAUUUAAAUAAAGAUUUUCUUUUCCCCUCUCUUAAUAGUGGCAUCAUAAUAGAUUUAGUAUUGUUGAAAAAUGUUUAUGACCAUUUUCAAAAGUCGAAGGAGAAAGAUGAACAUUAUUUCUCUUCUAAUAUACACCCUGAUCCUAUUUUCGAAAUAACGAAAUAUGUUGAUGAACAUUUCAAUGUACAGUUAACACACUUUGACAAUUGCUGCUUGAGUGAUGAGAGCAAUGUGCACCUACUGGACAACGAAAUGAGCGAUUUUGAAAUUUACAAACGCGAUCAAAUUUUGCAUUUGUUUAAAGAUAGCAAGGCAGAGGUAUCUGGCACAAAUUGGACCAUACAGGGGGGGAAACAAGGCGGUGAUAAGCUUAGCCAAGAUACACGGAGCAAUGAUAAGCAGACCUCCAACGAACAAUCCUCCAACGAACAAUCCUCCAAUGAACAAUCCUCCAAUGAACAAUCCUCCAACGAACAAUCCUCCAAUGAACAAUCCUCCAACGAACAAUCCUCCAACGAACAAUCCUCCAAUGAACAAUCCUCCAAUGAACAAUGCGAGGACGCGGUGGACGUGGUGCUCGGCUACUUCAACCUGUUUUACCCCGUGUCUACCUGUGUGAGUUACUCUAUCAGAUCAAAGAGGGAGUCGUUCGUCGAUUUCGAUAAAUUCCACAUGAUGAGUAUCGAAAACGAUUUGAAGUUGAAACAGUAUAUGGUUGAAACAGAAGGAAUAGAGUUCAAGUCGUUGGAUGAGUACAAAAUGAAGCUAAACAGAAUAAAUAACAAAUAUGAUAAGUUAUUAGAUGAAAAUGAAAAUAAUUUAAGUUAUCAAAAUUUAUUAAUAGGGGUUAAAACAAGUAUAAAUAUAGAAAACGAUAGAAUACCACAUAUAAAAAAUACAUAUGAUAAUAAAGAAAAUACCAAAAAGAUUUUCCAGAAUUUUAAAUAUGACAGUAAAUUAAAAGAAGAAAAAGCAGGAACACAUGUACUUAAUAUGGAAUAUUUAAAAAGUGCAUUUGACUCAGAGGAUGUUCAUAUAGAUGUAAUAUACAUGUCAGAUAAAGAGAGUUCUACAUAUGAUACAUUAUUAUAUUACAACAAAGAAAUUACUACAAAAGAUGGAUUAUGUGAAAAGUUAAAGCAUAUGAUUUAUUAUUUUUAUGAAGAGUAUAUUGAUAAAAAUUCGAGAAAAAGAUUUUUUUUUAUUGCUGAUGAUGAUACAUUUGUAAAUACAAAAAAUUUAGUUGAUGUAAUUAACUUAACAUUAAAUGGAUGUAUUCAUUCGAGGAAGUACAUGUAUGACAAGUAUGUGAAAAGCUUUGAGUUUUUAAAAGACAGUGAAGCUUCUUUUCUUCAAAAUUUUCCGAACAAUAAAUCAUUGCGUUUGUAUAAUUAUAUAAAACGAAAUUAUUUAGAGACCAUUAUGCUGUUGAAAAAGUAUGAUUAUAUUCCGAUAUAUUGCAAAAAAGGUAGUGGAGCAAACACAGGGGUAACAUCCAACAGUGCAUAUGAUGUUACUCCUAUUUAUCUGGGUAAUCGUUAUAAUUAUUUCUCAUCCGCGGAUGAAGGCAAAUUUCAUUAUGAUUACUUAACAGGAGGUGCAGGAAUAUUAAUGAACGAUGAAGCGGUAAAAAGAAUUUACUCUUGUAAUAAUUGCACUUGUCCUUUGAAUAGUUCAUAUGCAGAUGAUAUAAUUUUAGGUGAAUGGAUGAAAAAUUUAAAUAUAUUGCCAAUAAAUUUUGAAGGAUUUUUUCAAAAUAGCCCCCAUGAAUAUAAUAAAAUAUAUUUAAAUACACUCGUGCCAAUAAGUUUUAACAAAUUAAAUAAAGAAAACACACCUGAAGAAACAAAGAAAUUGUUUUUUCAUCAUUUAGUAAACUACAAUAAAGAAGCAACUACGACAAGUAGAGAUUCCUAUAUAGACUACUUAGACAGAAAUCAUAAAAAUUUUACCGACCAUGUGUUUCACUAUUACUUUUACCUUACCAAAUUAGACAAAAACGAUACCAAUAAAUUACUAAAAGAUUUAUUCAAAGUUAUUAAUAAGAUGUAUGAUAAGAUCCAAUCAAGUACAAAAUACAAGCGUAUAUUCAAUUUGAACAAAUUCUUUAUGAAGGAAGUACAAGAAAGGGUAUAUUUUCAAAAAUCGGGGGCUAACACCAAUACAAGGGGGAGGAAAAAAAGAAAAAAAAUGUAUACAAAUAAUUACGUUCAGAGGAGGGAGGUAGAUUCACCACCCUCGUUGGAAGGAAAACAGAGAGAUGAAACGGAUGAAGUGGAUGAAGUGGAUGAAGCGGAUGAAGUGGAUGAAGCGGAUGAAGCGGAUGAGGUGGACGAAUCGGAUGAGGUGGACGAAUCGGAUGAAUCGGAUGAGGUGGACGAAUUUAAUGAAGAUUAUUAUGACUAUGAUGAAUUCUUAGAACAAAUAAGGACUCAAAAAAGAAGUAGUGAAAAGAAGAGCAGCUGGUCAUCAAAUAAAAGCAGACCUGAAAGCAAGGACGAAUUGGCUGGUCCAACUCCUCCUGACAAGGGAGAAACUUCAAAUGUCAACCCAAAUGAACACAACAAUGAUGAAUUGUAA